CAAUUCUAGAUGAGUUGCCAAUUGUCGCGAAGCGCUCCGGGCACAUAAGUGUGACCACGAUUGGGGUAUCCCACAACCACACUGCAUCUCCCAUCUUUUGAUACCCACUAUUACAACCUACUCAAGUAUCUUGUUCUCUUCAUCACCAGCGGCCACAUCCAUCCCCUUUCUGAGCGAUGUCAACGGUAGCCCCUGUGCCAUCGAGCAUCGGUAAUAUAACCUCAAGACGGACAAAAUCUUCCCUAAAGCCCAGCGGCACACUUCCGACGGGAAAUGGGUCACCUUCCCCAGAAACUCUCAAACUUCAUAGCUCACCAAAACUCAAAAAGCGAUCCCCUCAGAAAACUUCAUUUAAAAGAUUUAAAAGGCAUCUUUUCUGGCCAUUCAUCUUCGCACUCGGCUAUCUUGCGAUCGUGUGCCCCAGCAAACCCGACUCAAAUAUAUGCAUACGCUCUUCCGUCUAUUGGGACUCGGUGAAGACACAUUCGACACCGGCCAUCCAAUAUGUUAUCUCUCAUCCUUCCGUGGAGCCAUACGUCCAAAAACUAGAACCCCACUGUGACCGGAUCACGCGCUUCUUUGCCCCAGCGUUCAACCAAUUCAGGGGCGUUCUCGGUCCCAUCGUUGUGAAAAUUGAGUAUUUCUUUAACACGAAGGUUGGCCCACACAUACAGCCCUAUAUUCGAAAGGCUCAACUCCAAUUCGAUGCACGGGUCCGACCGUUGUAUUUGAAGUACGCCGAGCCACGCAUUAGCCGAUGGCGUCAUUUCGUGACUAAGGCUUCUCCGUACUUUGAACGCACACGGUUUGCACUGCAACAGUCAUGGUACAGGGCACAGCCCUACAUUCGCAAGGUUCAGUUUUAUCUUAUCAAGGCCUGGAACGCUGUUCGCCCACACUUGAGCGUUCUUUUGGAGAAACUGAAUGGAAUACCACUAUGGGCAAAGCAGCGCUUUGGACCUACAGUGUACCAAGUCUACAAAACCUACGUCGAGCCGCAGAUUCGGAAAAUCUCGGCAAAAAUCGAUGAGUUGGGCAGCAGAGGUGGCAACACGACCCCUUCGUCAAUAACGUCGCCUGUGCCGACUGUUUCUUCCACCGGACCAGCAGCCGUGGUGGAGACAAAGACCUCAACCCCAGACAUGAUCUUGGAAACGGUCCAGCCCCCCACCAACUCCGUUGAGGAUGUCUUUUUUGAUCCCACGGACUUCAUCGCGAACAGUAUCGCUGAAACCCCGAGUCCAAUUCCGACAUCUGCUGAAGGCACUGAAGAUAUGACAAGCUCGCCCUUCGAAACUUUGUCCCCUGUUUACCCUGCGCAAGUUUCUCCAGCACACACUGAACCCGAAGUUAAACCAGAGCCCGAAAUAGAUGACAUCAUCGAUGAUAUUUUCAGGGCGGACUCCCCGGAACCCACACCCCGCGAGGAACCACCUUCCGAAGAAACGGCCACAGUUGAGGAUGCUCAAAGGCUCUCUCUUGAGGAGAUUCACGAGAAGCGCAAGAAAAUAGAAGCACGACAUACUGAAUGGGAGGCUAAAGUCGACCAAGCGGGCAAAGUUGGUAUCGAAAAUCUUAUUGGGUCCAUCACCUCUAUACGCCAUAAGGCCGUAAACAGUUUGUCUUCGGCGGAAGAAGGCACUAUCGGUGUCCAAAUCGCCGUGUUUAAGGCCGAAGGCUCCAAAGCCAUUAAAGGAGUUGGGGCUUACGCGAACAAGCUCAUGAACGGGCACUAUCAUGGUGCGGAGAAGAUUGGGUUAUUCGAUGCUGUGGUGAGGAAGGUGGAGAAGAGAUAUGGCGAGGGCGCAAAACGAUUGAGUGAUGCGAUUGCGGAGUGGUGGGCUGAAGUGAGAAAUGAGGCGCAAGGAGAGGUGAAAAAGGAGGGAGGGAAAGUAGAAGACGUGGCAGGGGAUGCACAGGCCGAUUUGGGAAUGGAUUAUGCUUGGUUGGAGGAUGUAACUACUCAUGAUUGGACGCGCUAUCAUGACCUCAAGCGAUAUGCAAAGGAAUAUGAGAAUCAAUACCAAGCCAUCCUCGAUGGAGAGCAUCCGCAAUCACCAGUGGAUCCUCUUCCUGAUGUCCUCCAAAAGCUCCGAGACGAGCUUCUUGAGAUCGUAUCCGUUUUCGAGAAGGCCCUUGUAAAGGCCCGUGACGAUGGCUUCGGGAUGUUUGUUAGUGGUGCACCGAAAGACACCGAGCCCACAUCAAGUCCUAACGACCAGGCAUCUUCUGAGAGUUCCCCCUACGAAUAUGUCACAGAGCAAGUUUAGGACUGAUGAAAGUGACGGUAGGCGCUGCACGAGUUGCCAAGCUCCAACUGUUUUCCACUCCGUGAUCAAAACGUGUGCCAAAGGAAGAACAAAUAUAAAUUAUGC